AUGAGGAAAGAUUUAGUGAGAGAUGAUGUUACAUAUACCAAAAGCCACCUGCAGAAACUUGAAAUUAGUCAGCAAAUAGAUCUUGCAAAUCGCCAUAUUGCUCUCACAUCAAAUGCUACCAUGAAAUACAAACACCCAAGGCCAAGCUGCUGGAAGUUACUGGAGGGAGAUAAACGAGAAAUUGAGAAAGUCAAGAUGGCUGCCAAAUCAGCAAAACGCAGCGCUAUCGCAGAUGUGGAUUUUAUUAAUUUAACAAGAAAUUGUCUUCAAUUCCAAGAAAAUCGUGGAUAUAUCAUGAGUUCUUCAGACUUGGAAAAAAGUUUUCCGAUAGCCUUUAGUAUUUUAGUAUAUAAAAAUGCUCAUCAGACCGAGCGUUUGCUGCGGGCUAUUUACAGACCUCAAAAUAUUUAUUGUAUACACGUGGACGCGAAAUCCACAAUUAUUCUUCAACGGGCUUUGCGCAGUAUAGCCAGUUGCUUUGACAACGUAUUUCUUGCAUCAAAAUUAGAAAAUGUUAUUUACGCAGGUUUUCCUCGGUUGCAGGCAGAAUUAAACUGUAUGAGGGAUGCCAUGCACAGACGAGAGAAGUGGAAAUAUUACAUUAAUUUGGCCAGUCAGUCUUUCCCGCUGAGAACUAAUUUAGAAAUGGUAGAGAUAUUGAAACUAUACAAUGGUGCUAACGACAUUGAAGGUAUAACGGGAAGUCGACUGGAACUAGUUAAGAACAGAUUCCAGAGAAGUUGGGAGGUGGUGCGUGAAAACGGAAAUACGAAGCUUAAAAUUACUGACAAGUUAAAGGACCACCCUCCAUUUAACAUCAGUAUUGUUCGAGGAAGCGCUUAUGGUAUAUUUAGCAGGGCGUUUGUGGACUAUAUUUUGAAUGAUCCCGCUGCCAGGGCGCUGCUUGACUGGUCACGUGACACGUACAGCCCAGACGAGCACUACUGGGCCACCCUCCACCACCUCCAGGUUAACCCUCAACUAAACACUCCAGGCGGAUACACAGGAAAGCCAGAUAACAAACCCUGGCUUGCG